UGUGACAGUGAGCUUCUGGAGAAGCUCUGCGUGUCUCUGUAUGACGUCUUGAGGCCUCUGAUCAUCCACGUGGUUCAUCUGGAGACGCUGUCGGAGCUCUGCAGCAUCCUGAAGAACGAGAUGCUGGAGGAUCACGUCCAAAACAACGAGGUGCAGCUGACUGCGUUUGAUGCCGUGGUGAAGCAGAUGCUGGAGGACGUUCAGGAGCGUUUGGUCUACAGGACACACAUCUACAUCCAGACAGACAUCAGCGGAUACAAGCCUGCGCCGGGAGACCUGGCCUACCCCGACAAACUCCAGAUGAUGGCGGAAAUCGCUCAGAGUCUGAAAGAGGAGCAGAUGAAGCUGACCUCGAGCAGCUCUUUCUCUGACGUGCAUCUGGAGGAGUCAGAUAAUAAGAAGCUCAUCAGCUCUGAGCCGCGCUCACAGAGCACAGUUUCUCCCGCAGAUCUUCAUGGCAUGUGGUAUCCCACCGUCAGACGGACGCUCGUGUGUCUCUCCAAACUCUACCGCUGCAUAGACGUCAGUGUAACACACCACCAUCAAUCAUCAUCACCGCUGCAUGAUUAAUCAUUACAAUAUGCAUUAACAAUUAUGUUACUUUCUUCACAGACUCAAACUGACGGGCAGCUCUUCCUCAUCAAGCAUCUCCUGAUCAUGCGCGAGCAGAUCGCCCCGUUCCACGCCGACUUCACCAUUAAAGAGAUCUCUCUGGAUCUGAAGAAGACCAGAGACGCUGCUUUUAAAAUCUUCAACCCCAAGGCUGUGCCCAAGUUCUUCCGUCUGAACAGCCAUAACGCUAUCCUUGAGUUCCUACUGGAGGGUACGCCGCAGAUAAGAGAGCACUACAUCGACUCGAAGAAAGACGUGGACCGGCACCUGAAGUCCAGCUGUGAGCAGUUCAUACAGCAGCAGACGCACAUGUUUGUGGGAAACCUGGAGGAGUUUCUCACCAAGGUAGGAGCUUUAAAAACGAUGGCUGUUCAAGGAGGACCGACGUACAACUUCUCGCAGCAGCCCUGGGCUCAGCCGUCCAAAAUUAACGACAUUGUGAUGGCCACCUAUCGGAUACUAAAAAACAAGCUGCCCAUCACGUUACAAAGCAUGUCUUUAUAUCUAGCCAAUAAGGACACGGAGUUCAUCCUGUUCAAGCCCGUCAGGAACAACAUCCAUCAGGUGUUCCAGAGACUGCAUGCCUUACUGCAGGAGGAGUACAGCGGCGAGGACCUGCAGAUCAUCGCCUGUCCCUCCAUGGAGCAGAUAAAUCUGCUGCUGUCUGUGAAAUAGCGCUGGACUCAGUGUACGAUGAAGUUUAGACCACGUCAGCCUUGGGGAGAAAGAGCCGGAAAACCUUCCUGCGAGGGCAGAAGAUUCUGGAGAUAAACCCGUCUUUAUAAUCAAAGACGGUCCCGUUCUGAGGCCUGGACACACUAAAGCUGCUCCGCUGCAGUGCUCGAGCUGCUUCUUCUGAUUCGCUUUGAUACUAAAUCAAGUUGUACAGAUCUAAAUUCUAUGAGGACGGGAAACUGCGUCUGUGCUGAUGGAGUGAGUUCAGUCACGGUUAACACACUAUCCGUGAGGGGGCGCUGUGUGUGUGUUUGAGGCAGAUUUCUCAAGGGUUAAAGAGCAGAACUAGAUUGAUAUGAGAGCAAGUAACUGUGCAGGUGAAGGAAAUGAUGUGCAUAACACAUUUAUUAUUUUUAAAGUAAUAUUUCACUGAGAAAUCUGAAUUCUGGUAUUAUUUAGUCACACUCGUGUCAUUUAAAGAGAUAGUUCACCCCAAAAUUACAGUUCUGCCAUCAUUUGCUCACUCUCAUGUGGUUCCCAACCUGAAUGCAAAAGCUGAACAUUCAAUGGGAACUGAAACGGUUUUAUCUCCUUUUGUCUUCUGCAGAAGAAAGAAAGUCAAACC